UCAUCAAACCCAGAAAUUGUCAACUACACACACAAGACACCUUCAUAUAUCUAUAGUUGUGGAACAAGCACAAAAGGUGGGUAAUAAGAAAUGGGUAUCAAAGACCUUCUCAGGUUCAUGAAACCCUAUAUCGAACCCAUUCACAUCAAGAAGUAUGCCGGCAAGCGCGUGGGUAUUGAUGCUUACUCAUGGCUUCACAAAGGAGCAUAUUCAUGUAGCAUGGAGAUUUGCCUCAAUACGGAGGGCGACAAGAAAUUUCAAUACUUGAACUACUUUAUGCACCGAAUCAAUCUGCUUCGCCACCACAACAUUGUUCCAGUUGUUGUUUUCGAUGGUGGGGAUAUUUCGUGCAAGGACGCUACAGGGCAGGAGCGAAGCAGGAAAAGGAAAGCUAACCUAGAUUUGGCGAUGGAGAAGCUCAAGGAAGGUAAUCGUAAUGCCGCCUCUGAGCUCUUCCAGAGGGCAGUGAGUAUCACACCAUCCAUGGCAUACCAACUGAUCCAGAUCCUAAGAUCAGAGGACAUUGAAUUUGUAGUAGCUCCAUAUGAGGCUGAUGCACAGUUAGCAUACUUGUCCAGCCUCGAACCAGAAAAUGGUGGAAUCAUAGCAGUGAUUUCAGAGGACAGUGAUCUACUGGCAUAUGGUUGUCCAGCUAUUGUUUUCAAAAUGGACCGUUAUGGCAAUGGUGAAGAGAUACUACUACACAAGGUCUUUGAGUCUGCAACUUGUGUGCCAUCCUUCCGACAUUUUGAUAAAGAACUAUUCAUAGGCAUGUGCGUCUUAGCGGGCUGUGAUUUCCUUCCAUCAGUUCCUGGAAUUGGGAUUGCAAAGGCUUAUUCUCUGGUUUCAAAGUACCGGGACUUAGACCGUGUUUUAUCCAUGUUAAAGUUUGAGAAGGGCAGGCAAAUGCCCGAAGACUAUCCAGAAUCCUUCAGAAAAGCAGUUGCAGUUUUCCAGCAUGCUCGAAUUUAUGAUGCUGACUCUGAGAGCCUCAAGCACAUGAUACCUCUUCCGGAAAAGCUUUUGCAGUCUCUGGAUGGGGACCUUGAUUUCCUGGGCCCAGGAAUCCCACCAUCAAUAGCAGCUGCAAUUGCCAAAGGUAACUUGGAUCCAACUACCAUGGAGGCCUUUGAUCACUUCCCAAGUUCAAGACCUCAUAUGAAUCCUUCUUCGAAAAUUCAUGCUUUUGGUACGCUAUUGAGACAGGAGGCCACUGCCGUUUCUAAAUCAGAGUCCUGCUUUUCCAUUAUUUCCUCUCACAAAACAGGAAAAGAAAAAAGUAAAGGCAAGUUCUUUAAACCCACCUGAUAAUAUGCAGCAUCGUAACUGUUGCACCAAUUCUCAGAUGUUGAGGCACAGCUCAGUGGUUGACCUUGCUCCCUUGGAGCUCCUCCAUCUACCAGGUUGGGAGUUGAACUCCCACCUAUUUGUAUAGUUGUAUACGUGCAUGU